AUGCACCGCAAGACCCGCUCCCAGCCAGUGUCAGCGGAUCGUGAGUCACUAGAGCCAGAGACAACAAGUCAUGACAGCGCAUCUAUGGCAUCGACAUCGCCAGCGACUACUUCAUACGAAAGCGCAUCACCGGCCUUAUCUUGCAGUUCUCCUGCCAUGUCCGACCAGGAACUCAUCUACGAGAUCUUCGACUAUAUCCUUGAGAAUAUGGAACCUAACGGGGCGGAUAUCUCACACUUCUACGAGGUCGCGACAAAGCAGCCUCCUAUCACACCGGAGUCGUUAGCAGAGCUGGAUAUGCCGCGAAUCAUCAAUAACCCAAAGCUACGCCAUGAUGUCAAUUUCGACCGCGAGCUGCACUUUCGACCCAAUCUGGAAGGGUCGAAGGGCAAGCAGAAGUUGAGGUCUGCCGAUCAGUACUGGCAAGCUCUAGAAGGCGAGCUCUUCAUGUACGGCUUCGCAGCUGUUCGAAAGCAGACUGCUGCGUAUCCCGCAGCCCAAGCACACUGGGAGCGCGUACUUCGAGGAACGCAAAGACGACUACGGCAGAUCUUUGAAGCAAUCCGCGAUAUUCUCAGCACCCUGGUCCCAGAUCAUGAGCAAAAGCGAAUCCGUGCUCGAUUGGACGUAGAUCUGAUCAUGCAGCAGAUCACGAACGGCGUUUGCGAUCUGAUCGAUCUGAGUACGUGGCUUGCUACGGUCGUGAAGAAGCACUGUGCACCGAUGCGCGAUGAGCUUGUGGACGCCAUGUCGAUGGACAUUCAACGCGGUGCGCUGGAGAAUCGUCACGACAAGCUCGUGAACGGACUACGUCAAUUGCUGAACAUUCUCGAGGCGAUGAAGCUCGAUGUAGCAAACCACCAGAUUCGGCAUAUGCGUCCUUUGCUGGUUGAUGAUACUGUCAACUUCCAGCGUAGGUACAAUGCUCAUCGGAUCUCUUUGGGCAAGAUCGAGGUGCGCAAGUGUCAAAAGUGGUUUGACGAGGAGAUGGAAGGUCUCACUGCGCGAGCAAUUGAGCUUGGUACGCCGCAGCCGACAACACUAGAUGCGCUCUCAUCUGCACUACUGCGAGAUCUGCUCUUCAACGAAGCAACACCCUGCCCGCCAUCAUUCUACCUCGACUAUGACCGCCUUCGCAUCAUUCGCAACGACAUCCGCAGCACAGUCAGCCACGAGAUCUGCCGAGCCACCCUUGCUGAACUCACACCACCAUGGGUCUCACCCGCUGAACUCCUAAAAGCGCAAGGUGCACUCCAAUGCGCCGUCUCCGCCAUCGUAGGCAUGUCGAGUCGCUUCACCGAACGCGUCGAGAAUAUCGCCGUGGAGAUUGUGCGAUUCUUGCUCGUACUCGAAGGCCGCUACCCACCUUUUGACGGCACGCUGCUAGGCAUGGUAGAGCAGAGACUGGCGCAGGCUCUUCAGCCGACUUCUCAGGCCUUCGACAAGCUUGCUAGGGACACUUGUGAUAGGCUAUUGCCGAAGCUGAAGGUCUGCGUGGAUGCGCAUAUCCGCAUGUCGGCCUUGGAUCUGCAGGAUGCACUCGUAUCGACGAUCAUGCCUGCGCUUUCACCUUCGCCCUUUGGCUUCGGUGCUGUGUUGACACCGCCUGCGGGCAUGGUGAAACAGUAUGAUCCUGAUGAGGAUAUUGUGAGGCGCAUGACACAUAUCAUCUGCUUGCAUUGGCAAGUCUGGGCCGAUCUGGUCUAUCUUGCGCCGAAGGUGGGUGAGGCAGAUACUAGUGCUUCAGCCUCUCUUACACCCAGCCCAACGAUACCGAUUGCGCAGGCUGUCUAUGCGCCGGGUAAGAAGUGGUUGCCUGUGAGUGUCACUGUCACCGAUGUCCCAAGCGGUAUGCCCACACCAGCUUCGACACCAAAGCCAGCCGCUGAUGCGGACAUCCCGAGAGGCACAGAGGGUGCCGAUCCAGAGGCUGGCGAUGCGACACAACAGGAAUCGGAGUCACUGGACGCACAUCAGCAUCCGACUACUUAA